AUGUACCUUCUCUUCACAACUGGCACAGUUGUCAUCGGCUCUUUCCUCUACGGUACUGAUCAAGGUGUCUUGUCCAACCUUUUGACUGGACAGAAUUUCGGCUCAAAGUUCCCUGAUGUCUACACUGAUGCCACAUUGAAGGGCUGGGUUGUGGCAAUCCUACAGCUCGGUGCCUGGUUAGGUGCGCUGAUCAACGGACCUCUUGCCGACAAGAUCUCGCGCAAGUACAGUAUCACUGUUGCUGCAUCUCUGUUCACUCUUGGAAGUGCUCUUUGUGGUGGUGCACAGAAUGUCGGCUAUCUUUUCGCUGGGCGCAUCAUUGCAGGUAUCGCCGUUGGGCAGGUUUCACACGUCGUGCCUCUGUAUCUUGCUGAGAUCUCUCCUUCUGAGUUCCGUGGAGCUCUUGUGUCAUGUCAACAAGUGGGAAUUACUUCUGGAAUCAUGAUUUCGUACUGGCUGUGCUACGGUACCAGUUUCAUCGGCGGUCAAGCGUGCGAUGCAAACCAGAAUGUCGAGUUUGGCGAUGGCAGCUUCAAUCCCUACACCGAUGUACCUGCAGGUGGUUGCACUGGACAGACUGCAUUGGCAUGGCGACUUCCUCUUUGCUUGCAAUGUGUCCCAGCCGUCAUCCUAUUCGCGGGUUCAUUCUUCUUACCUUUCAGCCCUCGUUGGCUCAUGGGGAAGGGUAGAGAAGAGGAGGCUCGUGUGAAUAUCGCGAAACUCCACGGGCUUUCUAUCAACGACCCCAUCGUCGAGACUGAGUGGCUUGAGAUCAAGGCUGCAGUUAUGUUCGACGAGAGAACUGCGAGAGAACAGUACCCUAACAAGGAAGGCUUCAGGUUGGCUUUGGGCAAAGUCAGCAUGCUACUAACUAACAAGGGCCUCUUCCGCAGACUCGCCUUAGGUUGUAUCCUCAUGUUCUUCCAGCAGUUCACCGGAAUCAACGCUAUCAUCUACUACGCACCUACCAUCUUCGGUAGUCUCGGCUUGAACGUCUCUACCACUUCCUUACUUGCGACUGGUGUUCUCGGUGUCAUCGACUUUCUCUUCACCUUCCCUGCAAUCUUUUUUGUCGACCGCUUUGGACGUCGCAAGUUCCUUAUGGCAGGCGCGAUUGGCAUGAUGAUCAGUCAUGUCGUCGUUGCAGGUAUCCUUGGUCACUACGGAGGCAACUUCAAACUUGCUGGGGGCAAAGCUGCAGGCUGGGUCGGUAUCGCGUUCAUCUGGUCCUUUGGUGCCAACUUCUCCUACUCAUGGGGUCCCGUCGCCUGGCUUCUUGCCUCCGAACUCUUCUCCCCUGGCCACCGCAGUCAGGCCGUCAGUAUCAUCAUCAGUUGCAACUACAUGAUGAACUUCAUCGUCGGCCAAGUCACACCCAACAUGCUUGAAGCUCUGAAGUACGGUACAUACGUCUUCUUCGCCGCCUUCUGUCUGCUCAUGUUUUUGUGGGUCUGGUUCCUCGUCCCAGAGACGCGCUACAAGAGUCUGGAAGAAAUGGAUGCAGUCUUUGGCGACAAUCUGGGUCAAGUUGAUCAAGAGAGGAUGAGGGAGAUCAUGGCGGAGAUCGGGCUUGAGCCAGCAGGGGCUCGCGGUCACGAGGAGGGAUUGUCUUUUGAUCAGCAUACAGAGAUCAAAGAAGGCAAAGUCUCUCAUGUUGAGACAGGAUAG